AUGGAGGAAAAAAGGCUGAGGCUUUACAAGCGUAAAGUUCAGUCUCUGCAUGAUCGGCUGCACCGUCUUGGCGAGUCAUUCUCGGGGAAUAAACUCGACAAACUAAGUGCGUCUGAAAUAGAUGUGCGCCUCGAUAUGCUGGCGGAAAUGCGUGAGGAGUUCAACAAGUCCCAUCAUGAGUUGGAAUCGCUGGAUGAAGACGAGAUUGGAAGUGAGCUGCGUGAAACCUUCGAUACGCUGUUCAUUUCUUUGAAAGCCGAGUUGCUGACUGCUCUCGAACUAGGUCAUUUACGCGUAGCUGCUCAUUCCACUAGCAUGCCAAAUAGCUCUGUAGGUCAUACCAUCAUCAUGGCUCACAAGCAGUGGCUUCCUGAGCUGAAGCUACCUAGCUUCUCCGGUGGCUAUGUGGAAUAUGCGGAUUUUAUUGCCAUGUUCAACUCGGUCACCAAAGGGGAUGCAGAUCUCAGUGAAAUCGAGAAGUUCCAACAUCUUCGCUCAUGUCUCUCGGAUGCUGCCCUGGAUUCGGUUCGAUCGUUGGAGCUCUCUAGUGCCAAUUAUCGUGUGGCUCUGGACAUACUUAGCAAACGAAGUGCUGAGGAGAUAUCGGGAUGCAUGAUAAUCCACAUGCUGCUGCAAAAACUAGAUGCGAAGACCCAAACCAAAUGGGAAGAGGCUGCGUCAGCGGACUGGAUACCCACAGCUGGGGAGUUCUACGAUUUCCUGGAGAAGCGAUGCCAGAAGAUGGAGAACGUGCAGUACAGCGACACACGCUGGUAG